CCCAAAGAUUAAAAAUAAUGAAAUUGUUUAAAUCAAAUAAUGGAAAAAAUGUCUGUAGCAGUACUCCUGCUGUGCGAGAAGAGCCGGGACCGCAGAGUUGUUAUAAGUAACAGGUGGGGGGAGAAGUGCAAUAGGGAGAAUAAAAAUGAAACAAGUGUAAGAACACAUAACACAGACAAGCACACUAGGACGCAGCUAUAAGAAAGAGUUAUGAUGAAUGCUGUGAGGAGGAGGAAGUAGUCAGUGGGAGGGAAAAAUUUUCUGAUCAAAAGUUUACAGAGUUGACUGUACUUCACUGUGAUUUUCACAGCUCAGAGCCCUGCCUGUUCCUUAAGGGAAGGACCUAGUAAUUGGCUUCUCCACUCACCUGCCUCUGUCCUUGCCAGUGAAAGAGAGAAAGGAUGUGGCUGGACGAGCGGCUCCUGAGCCUGUUCAAAAGAAAUUUUCAGCCAACAUUGACUUACUGGAGCGUUUUCUUCAGCUUUGGCUUGUGCAUCGCUUUCCUGGGUCCCACACUACUGGACCUGAGGUGCCAGACACACAGUAGCCUGCAGGACAUCACCUGGGUCUUUUUUGCCCAACAGUUCUGCCUCCUGGUGGGGAGUACCCUGGGGGGUUUCUUCAAGAGAACGGUGAAACAGUCUCUGUUCCUGCUCUUCUUGUCCUCUCUGACCAUCUCUGUGGUGUUUGCUAUAAUUCCAUUCUGUGGCCAUGUUGGCAUGCUGGCACUGGUUUUGGCAAUAGCUGGUCUGGCCAUGGGCUGCAUAGAUACAAUAUCUAAUAUGCAGCUGGUAAAGAUUUAUCAGCAGGACUCGGCCAUCUUCCUGCAGGUUCUCCAUUUCUUUGUUGGAUUUGGGGCCCUAUUAAGUCCUCUCAUUGCGGAUCCCUUUCUCUCUGAGACCAACUGCAUCCAGUCAAAUGCCACCCAGAAUCAAAGCCACAACUUAGAGCACAUCAGAAACUCUUUAGUACCUCAUCACCCUGGGAAUGUUUCCCAUUAUGUUCUUCCACUUCAGGGGGCUUCAGUAACACAAGUGUCAUAUGCAUUCUGGAUCAUGGCUGCCAUCAAUCUUCCAGUGCCCAUUGCAGUUUUUUCCCUACUAUACAAGGAAGGCAUGGUUCCAGGAUGUUCCAUACACAGUGGUGGCCUAUUAUCAGAAGAUGAGCUGGCCAUGGAAACCCAUAAUGGAAAUGACUUUAAAAAAAUAGAAGCACAUGAGAAGCAUGGUCACGCUGUAUCAAAACUUUGCUGCCAGAGCAAGAUGUUGAAUGCUCCCUAUACUUUUUUUGCUUUUCACGCCUGUGCAGCUAUAACUCUCUUCUUGACAGAUGGGAUAGUGGGGGAAUACUCUGGGUUUGUGUAUAGUUAUGCUGUAGAGCAGCCACUAAAUCUAGCUCAUAAAACAGCCGGGUACCUACCUAGUCUCUUCUGGGCUUUCAUCACCUUGGGAAGAUUGAUUUCCAUUCCAGUGUCCUACAAAAUGGCACCUCGUUCCAUGUUAUUUAUCAAUCUGAUUGGGGUCACUGCCACAUUCCUGUUCUUGCUGUUCUCACAAAAUAGCACAACUGGAAUUUUUGUAGGAACAGCCUUACUUGGUCUUUGGCUCAGCAGUGUGUUUCCCAGCAUGUUGGCCUACACAGAAGACGUCUUAAAUUAUAAAGGUUGUGCCACCACAGCCCUUGUUACCGGAGCUGGAAUGGGUGAAAUGGUGCUUCAAAUAUUAGUUGGAUCAGUGAUGCAGACGCAGGGCAGUUACAGUUUCCUGGUGUGCGGAAUCUGUCUCUCUUCACUGGCAUUCACACUCUAUGCUGUCUUUCUUGUAGUAGACAGUUUGCAUAACAGGGAGUCAGAAGAUUCUACAUGCAAACCUCCAGAACUUGAUGGAGAAGCUACUUCAUAUCAGAGCUAAAGCUAAAUGAACUUUCUAAAAAGAAUGCACUGCUUUUGUCACCCUCAUCUAUGUCAAAGAUAUAAGAUGGACAAUGCAUUUCAAAUGAUAUUAGUCGAACAAAUUUGUGUGAGAGCGUGCACCACAUGGACUUUAAAAGUGUCACAAAAAGUGUUUGAUUAUAGCGUAAAACGGUAUUGUAAU